UCAACGUGUGAGUGAAGGAACACUGGAGUCCAGUUUAAGGCAGCUUCACUGUGACCUUUGACCUCUUAAAGCAUCAUGUGACCUCUCAGAGUGUCUCAGGUAAUCCAGUCUCAGUGUGGACCACCUGGACCAUCAUGAGCGACUCUGACUCUGAUACUCAUCAAUCAAAUGAUGCACUCAGGAUCACCUCCACUGAUUGGCAGGUUGAUUUCUGGCUCCUCCCUCUUCUCCUAAUGUCUCCAACAUAUUUGUACAUUUCAGACAGUUUGCACUCGUUGUGAAUAACAGGAAGUGAAACGAUACCUCUGAUUGGUUCUUAUCUCUGAACACUGACUUUGGUCGCCUCCAUGUUUGAUUGGAUGUGAAAUCAAAGCUGCAGGUCGUUGAUCAGUCUGACAUGUUUUUGGAUCAGACUCCAGUAGCGUCACUUGUCCCGGUGAAUCAUGGGAUAUUAACCCUUGUGUAUCUGCAGUAGAGCACAGGUAGAAACAGGUGGGACUCAAACCGGGUCUCUAUUGAUAUUUAAUCAAAAGUUAAUCUGUGAAGUUUCUCUCAGGUUUCUUUCAGUGUGUUUUAUUUCAGAGUGUUCGAUUCCCUCUGUGACAGCGACCCGCUGCAGCCUGCGCCGCGGCCCGACAGGCAUCCUCCAGCAGCUUAACAAAUAGGAUUAAAGCAAAGAGAAAAAAUCUCCACAGCUCCAAAGUCCCAUCUGCUCACCUGAGAGGGAGCGAGGAGCAGCACGGCCCCCCUCGUCAAGACCAUCGUCCACCCUCCUGGAACAGGAAUCUAACCCUAACCCGUUUGAAAAGUGAUGGCAGGUGGAGCGCUGGAUGGACGGCUGUGAGACGGCGUGCCAGAUGAGCUGAAGACGAGGAACGUCAAACUGAGUGAGUCUGGCUGCUGGACCAACAGAUCUUCAAGGAAAUGUCAGGAGAGAGAGGGAGGAUGGUGCUGUGGGCGUUCGGGGCCCUGCUGCUGUCACCGUACAUCUACACAGACUCAGACGCCUCUGGUGAUUGGAUGGUGGAUUUGGAGGAGCGGUCUAAACUUUUGUCAGACUCCGAUCAGCUUCUUUACCGACGCCACACGGCGUUAUCUCGUAGGAAACGAGACGUUCUGUUUCCCAGCGGAGUCAAGAUGUGCACUCAGGAGACCGUGGACCAGGCGGUCGCCAACCACCUCAACUACUUCCACCUGAGAGUGUGUCAGGAGACCGUGUGGGAGGCCUAUAAGAUCUUUUGGGACCGCCUCCCCGAGCGUGAUGAGUAUCAGGAUUGGGUGAGUCGCUGUAUGGACGGAUCAAUAAGCGCCAUGGACAUCGGGAGCUUCUUCAGCCAAUCAGAGGAGCACGCUGACCUCAUUAGGAGUAGAGUGGGGAAGGUGGCCGAGAUGAGCAGUGUGCCCAUCACCUCAGGCCCGCCUCCAUGCAGCUCUGAAACACAAACUGAAGACACGAGAGGAGGAGCUCUAAGUGAAGCAGGGGAAGAAGAGAUCUUGGACCUUCCUCCAGGCUUUGGCCUGACAGCUUGGACUCCGCCCUUCUCUCCAUCUGAAGGACCAAUAACAUCGUCUCCUGAUGAACCCGUAGAUCUGACCGCUGUUCCUGCGGCCGCCGUCGGCUCUGUCGUGGUCAUGGAGGAAGAGGAGGGAGACAUAAGAGUCCCAGAAACAUCAGACGACAAGGUUUCAGUGUACGAAGGGAUGGUCCCUGAAGAUGUGGGGGUUCUGAGUCCUGAUGGGAUCAAGGAAGCAACUCCUGAAGGGGAGGAGCCUCCAUCAGAGGUCGCUGUGAAAGAGGUUGUCACUCAAGCUGCUGUGGUGGUUCUUCUUAAACCCACCAGAUUCCCUGAUUCUGAGUCGGUCACAGCUGCAGUGUCAGGUCAGCCGGUGUCUCCCAAACCUGCUGCUGAAGCUCCAGCUGAAGGCGUGACCAAGCUGUGGACCGAGGAGCGAGCUGAAGAUGGUCAGACCUCUGGGAAACAGGAGGACCAAUCAGAUGUUUCUGAAGCUGCUGAAGAGACGACAGUGACUGAUGUGGACCAGCUGGAUGAGAAUGUCAUUGAUGAGACGGCAGAGGAGGACAUGGAAGAAGAAGAAGAAGAAGAAGAAGAAGAAGAACCUCUUCAAGAAACAGUAAUCACUUAUGAAGGACCGCUAACACCAGCUGACGACACAGACGAGACCAAGCAGGCUCCAGGAGAACCCACUGAAGGAGUAGAACCAGCUGAGACACCAGGAGAACCAGCAGAGGUAGGAGAACCAGCUGAGACACCAGGAGAACCAGCAGAGACACCAGGAGAACCCACUGAAGGAGUAGAACCUGCUGAGACACCAGGAGAUCCCACUGAAGGAGUAGAAUCAGCUGAGACUCCAGGAGAACCCACUGAAGGAGUAGAAUCAACUGAGACUCCAGGAGAACCCACUGAGACAACAGGAGAACCCACUGAAGGAGUAGAAUCAGCUGAGACUCCAGGAGAACCCACUGAAGGAGUAGAACCAGCUGAGACACCAGGAGAACCCACUGAAGGAGUAGAAUCAGCUGAGACUCCAGGAGAACCCACUGAAGGAGUAGAACCAGCUGAGACUCCAGGAGAACUCACUGAAGGAGUAGAACCAGCUGAGACACCAGGAGAACCCACUGAAGGAGUAGAAUCAGCUGAGACUCCAGGAGAACCCACUGAAGGAGGAGAACCAACUGAGACACCAGGAGAACCCACUGAAGGAGGAGAACCAGCUGAGACACCAGGAGAACCCACUGAAGGAGGAGAACCAGCUGAGACGCCAGGAGAACCUGAAGAAGAAGAGGGAGUGGAUGUUACUGAACCUGCAGAGGAGGCGGUUACAGAACCAGAGUCUGAAGGAGAGACUGUAGAGACUGUGGAGCCGAAAGAACCAGAACCUGAAACAGAACAUGUGAGAGAACCUCCAACAGAGACAGAACACACAGAUGAACCAGAAGUUUUGACCAAUGAGGAGAAAGCAGAUUCUGCCGUACCAUCUGAGGAGAAAUCCCAGGAAGUAGAAAGUUUCAAACCAGAUGCAGCCGAAGUUUUCAUCCCAGAGACUCAUCCAGAGUCUGAUGAAGACCUCACCCCAGUCGUCAUAGUGGUUCCUGAGGACUCAGAGGGAUUACUUCCUGAGACUGAGGAGGAGGAAACACCUGAACCACAGGUAAAGCUGGAACAUCCAGAACCCUCAGAGGAAGUACUACCACCAGAGAGCAGCGAGGAGGAGCCAACACAGGAAGCUGAAUGGUUCUCCCAGGCUCCAAGUGAAGACAGGACUCGUGUUGAUCCAGAGACCGAUGUGGGAGGAGCUGAACCUGUCCAGGAGGUCACAUCUGAUGAAGGUGGAGUGCAAAGUGUCCAUGUUGUCUCAGAGAGCAUCUCUUCUGAUGACGAUAACGAGAUCCUGACCGAGGCUCCUACAGACGACGCGUCUCUUCAUGAAGUCACUCCGGAUGCCCUACCAGAAGAGCCCACCCCCGGGGUCUCUGAGGAGCUGACCACCAGGAACAUCGUGGAGGACGAUGCCAGCAACCCUGAGCUGACCGACGAGGUGGACCAAGACUUACUGGGAAACAACGGCUUUGGACUGGAGCAAGAGACAGCCAGCUCUAUUGGAAACGAGAUCGACAACACCAUGCUGUGGCCCCCUCGACUUCUGAAGGACCACGUGGUGGACCUGAGCAUCAAGCUGAGAGGAGAAACAUACCACGACGCCCUGAGAGACCCAGGCAGCUUCCAGUACCAGCAGCUAGCCAGACACUUCACACGCAGGGUCGAAGACGCCUUCGAGAGGCUGCCAGGCUUCAAGAAGGUCCAAAUCCUGGAGUUCAGGCCGCAGAAGGACCUGGAGAGGGGUCUGGUGGUCCUGGUUCACUAUGCUCUGACUCUGGAGGUGGACGGCGGUGGCGCCGUCGCCAACGACACGUUAGACUUCAUCUCUCUGCAGAAUACCCUGGUGGAGAAGAACUACCCCACGGCCCCCGAGCAGCCCACCGUGGUCUACACCAUCACCGACUUCAGGAACUACAUCACUGAGGCGCUGCACAAAGACAACUUCAUGAGCAACAGCAGCCUGGGGGCGCAGGAGGAGAACGUGGAGAACUUGUUACCUGAUGUGAAACCGACCAGCCGGACUGACCACGCCCACAACAACAUGGAUAACGUCCUCGCUGCAGAGCGCCCUCCUGACGCUCCGAGUCACGAGCCCGACAGCAGCCCAGUCUUCCUGAAGAAAGAGGACUUCCUGUUUGAUCCCUUGGACCCGUGGAAAGGUGUUCCAAGCGUGGAGGUCAGCGAGAAUGAUGUCUUCAUGUUUGACGAGAGCACGGUUCCUCCCACUGCCGGCGAGCAGAGCGUGGACCUGGAGGCGGCGGCUCCAGAGCAUCCUGUGAAUGUUGAAGAUGAAGGCUUCCUCCUCAACAACGCUGCAGAGGACCAACACCCCCACGGGGACCACAUGCUGAGUCCUGCCGCCCCCCCUCUGCUGGUUAAACCAGACUCUGAGGUGGACCAGGGAUCAGGCUCUGGUUUCUCUGGAGAUGGCCCAGGAUCUGAUGUGUGGUCGUGGCGUGCUGCAGAGGCCUCUGAACUCUCUGAGGACGACGGCGACGGCAGCCUGGAGGUGAUCCCACCCCCAGACCUGGAGGAGACCGAGGACCUGGAGGAGACCAAGGACCUGGAGGCUGCUGGGUCAGAGCCUCUAACCAAUGAGGAGGAGGAUUUUGUGACUCCACCUCUGCAGACAUCACUUCCUGUUUUAAAGGAGUCUGUGCCAGACCAGGGCUUUGCCAAACUGGACCUGAACCAGGUUCUGAUUACACCCCACAUCAGCACUGCCCCUCGAUACUCUACAACCACUGAGGCCCCGGUGUUCUCACCUGAAGGAACCAUGGCAUCAGUGCAGCCUGUGGAGGCGUCUGGUAUCUAUGACGACUACUCUCUUUUAGGACCAGAGACACCCGGGAUCACUGAGGAUCCUGAACCUGAAUUCUGGACUCCUGAGACUCCUGUUUAUGCAGAUCCCACUGAGGGGGCACCAGCAGAGCUUCUGUUAGCAGGAGAGUCUACAGAGGAGAAAGAUGUUCCUGAAGAGGAAACAGAUCCUCCUUCUGACUCUAGUCCAGACCUUGUCCCUGAACAAACACCGGACAGACCAGAGUCUGAGGACCACAACGAGGUGGAGGUUUUGGACGAGCAGCACAUCGGAGUCUCUGAUCCUGAGACGACUCCAGGUCCAACGCUCAUCCAGGACCAGGACUUAAUGGAGGAUGAGGUCAUUGUGGUCACCAUGACAACUGCUGCUCCGCCCCUCGUGUCCUCUGUCGGUUUAGACCACGGCGUCGAACACUCGCCUGAAAAGGACUCACCUUUCACUCGAGUGUCUGAUGCGGCUCCAGAGGACGAGGACCUGGUUCACCAAGAUCCCCCAAACCACGAGGACAACGACAGAGUCCCAGUCAGUCGUCCAAUCACAGACCUCCCUCUUUUGAUCACAAACGACCCUGAAGAUUCUCCUGAGUCACCAGGUGUGAGGGACCAUGAUCUGGUUACCAUGGUGACAGAUUCUCCUGAAACUGAGUCAGAUAACGAGAUUCUCCAAACGUCUUCUACUCAGAGAGUCAACCACACCAGAAUCCACCCGAUGGACUUUGAUUAUCCCGACAUGCCCGCCAUCGACGUCAGCUUCGACGUGUUCCCGUACGGCGUCGGGGGGGCGACGGAGAGCGACAGCAGCGGCUUCUCCAGUGGGACUCAGGGAUCUGAAGGCUACGCCAUGGCAGUACCGACCCCGCCCGCCGGCAGAGACCUGAUGGUGUUCUUCAGGCUCCGUGUGACCAACAUGGCAUUCUCCAUGGACCUUUUCAACAAAAGCUCGUCUGAGUACAAAGCUCUGGAGCAACGCUUCCUCCAGCUGCUCGUCCCCUACCUUCAGUCCAACCUCAACAACUUCCAGAACCUGGAGAUCCUGAACUUCAGGAACGGCAGCAUCGUGGUCAACAGCAGGAUGAGGUUCGGUAAACCGGUCUCCAGUGGGGUCACCAACGUGGUCUACCUCAUCCUGGAGGACUUCGCUAACACGGCCUACCAGACCAUGAACCUCGCCAUCGACAAGUACUCUCUGGAUGUGGAGUCAGGUGAUCGGGCCGACCCGUGUAAGUUCCAGGCGUGUAACGAGUUUUCCAGGUGUAUGGUCAAUCAGUGGUCAGGGGAGGCUGAGUGUGUCUGUGACCCCGGGUACCUAAGUGUGGACGGCCUGCCGUGUCAGAGCGUCUGCGAGGUGCAGAGCGACUUCUGCCUCAACGACGGCAAGUGUGACAUCAUCACAGGCAAGGGCGCCAUCUGCAGGUGUCGUGUUGGGGAGAACUGGUGGUACCGUGGUGAACACUGUGAGGAGUACGUUUCUGAGCCGCUGGUGGUCGGCAUCGCCAUCGUCUCGGUGGUCGGGUUCCUGCUGGUGGCCGGAGGAAUCAUCUUCUUCCUGGCCCGGACGCUGCGAGAGCAGUACGACGGCGAGGACAGCGAGGACCCGCUGAGACGCGGCGACAGUGUGCCCACACUGGAGCGAGCCACCAAGUUUAACCCCAUGUUUGAGAGCGACCAAGUCUCCGCUCAGUACUACCGUCGCUAUGACGAUGAGGCGCUGCAGUUCAGCAGCUCGGUCAGCACCGACGUCAUGAAAGACCUGAGCAGUGAGGAGAUUCAACAAAUCUACCAGAACACCACGCUCAGUAAAGAGGAGAUCCAGGAGCGUCUGAGGAUCAUCGAGCUGUGCUCCAGAGAUCAGCACUUUGCCCACUUUGUGCGACAGACUCAAGUAUUCCUGGAGAGGAGAGGAAGCUCGACCACAUAAACAGCCCCCCCCCCCGAGUCGCCCAGCUCCAGAAUCCUGCCUUCACCUUUGACCCCUGGAGGAGGAGGAGGCCUCAACACUCCAGAUCCACUCGGCUGGAGGUGAAGGUGACGACACUGUAGGACUUUUGGGAGUUUCUUUUCUUUGGACAUUUUGAGCCUGUUUUCACGCUGAACUCUGACCUCUGCACGACCGCCUCCACCUCUUCCCUUUACCUGUGAUUUCCACCUGUAAACACUCACCUACUGCUGAGUACCUCUGUCUGACCUUUGACCUCCUCUGUGGUAUGAAACUCCUCUCUGCUGAAGGUUUGUUGCUGAUGAUGUGUCUCUGGACGAUCCUGUGAGGGAUCUCUGUUGUUGGUUCAUAUUUUCCCGUUCUACAUUUUCCUACUCGUUGUUCCCGGGGCCGCUCACAGCAGACAGCGCUCCUCCUCACUGUGCCUUCAUCGCUUUGUUAGCUUCUUUGGGACACGUGCAGAAACUCAGAGAUUAUAUCCACCAAUCAGCAGCUGACAGACAUGCAGGGCUCCGCCUCCUUCACAUCAAUGUUUACAUUUAUCAGUCAGAGCUGGAGUGUUAGCUCAUGAUAGCACAUGUGUAGCCUGUCAGUGUUAAAUACGUACGAUCUACCUAUCAGCUGUGGUCAUCAAACAAGGAACUCCUAUGGGUGCUAACAGUUAGCCACAGAAACCUGUAAAGCAACAUCAUUAAUACUUUCACUCUUCUGACCACUAACAAGACAUUUGAGGUGGAUUCGUACGAAUGUUUGGUGCUACCCAACACAGAGGCGUCAUGUUGUCUGUUUCAUGAUUGACAGAUCAUCUGGGAAGAUUCUUUUCAUGAGCUGCUUCCAUUAAAGGGUCAAAUGUUUGAGCUUGAAGUGUUUUGUUUCCACUAAAUAUUAUGUUGUUAAUGUUAGUCCUUACCACAAGUAUGAUCUUAUCUCUUUGAUCUCCAGAUUUUAACCCUCAUGCUAACCUGGUUCAGACCAAGAAGCCAUGUAACGGAUGAAUCAGAACCCAAAAUCAAACUUUAUUUACAGCCAAUAAAAAAACACUAUUUUUAUUCCUUUGUCUCUUUAACUUGAAUAUUUUAAACUCAACCAUCCUGAUUGUAGAUUAAUAUUCCAGUAGACAGACAGCUGAUAUUUGUUGUUCUAUGUUUAGAUGCUGUUUUUAUUCUGUUUUUUAGACCCCUCCCCCCUGGUUUUGACAUAAUCAGACGUCUCUCUCCCUAAAACAUGCCCGUCUGUCAAUAAUGGUCAAAUCAAAUGAUUGAUGUAUUCAUACAUUUCUAUCCUAUUCUAUUCUGUUCUAUAUGUCUGUGUGCAGGCCAGGGCUCUCUCUUCCUUUAUUGUCGUGUUUUUUUUAUUUUUUAUGUUUAAUUUCAACAACGAGACAAUAACAAGAACUGAUGACGUGUGAGUGACAGUCGCAUUUUUCUAAAAUAAAAUAACAUUAUUUUUUACACUAUCAUCCUGACUUUCCCAGUGAUCUGAUUGGUUUCAUCUGUGAUGGAUAUAACUGAGUAUCAUCUGCGUAACAAGAGAUAUUAAAGGAGGGUUUCCUGUUUAUAUAACAGACUGAAUGAACUGAUAAAUAUAACUGAGUAUCAUCUGCAUAACAAGAGAUAUUAUAGGAGGGUUUCCUGUUUAUAUAACAGAGUGAAUGAACUGAUAAAUAUAACUGAGUAUCGUCUGCAUAACAAGAAAUAUUAUAGGAGGGUUUCCUGUUUAUAUAACAGACUGAAUGAACUGAUAAAUAUAACUGAGUAUCAUCUGCAUAACAAGAGAUAUUAUAGGAGGGUUUCCUGUUUAUAACAGACUGAAUGAACUGAUAAAUAUAACUGAGUAUCGUCUGCAUAACAAGAGAUAUUAUAGGAGGGUUUCCUGUUUAUAUAACAGUGAAUGAACUGAUAAAUAUAACUGAGUAUCGUCUGCAUAACAAGAAAUAUUAUAGGAGGGUUUCCUGUUUAUAUAACAGACUGAAUGAACUGAUAAAUAUAACUGAGUAUCAUCUGCAUAACAAGAGAUAUUAUAGGAGGGUUUCCUGUUUAUAACAGACUGAAUGAACUGAUAAAUAUAACUGAGUAUCGUCUGCAUAACAAGAGAUAUUAUAGGAGGGUUUCCUGUAAUAAUGUAGUGUAAGGGUGGACUUAUUUGGCGUGCAGACAGGAUUGAAUGUUAACUUGUCUUGAUGAAGAUAAAUCUGAUAAAUAGGA